UUGGGUACGCAUGUAAAAGCAACAACUUCAAAAAACCUAUACUAAGGAACCAUGGUGUCUCUAUGUACAACACUCAAACCGCUUUCUCCUUUUUCACCAUUUGUUAAACAAGGUAACCUUAACUAUACUAGUGCCUUGUUGACUUAUCGAACAUCCAACUCUGCAAACUCAUUUUUGCCCAAACGAGGAGGAACCGUAGCUGUUCAUGAUGCACCGGACCAGGUCGAGAGCUCCUGCAGAAUACCCUUGACGGAGGUUGUGGCGGUGAGAAAGAAGAGUGCAUUUUGGGAAAGGAGUUGGAGUUCUAGGGACGUGAGAAAUGUAGUCGUAUUGGGUGGUGUCCAUUUGCUGAGCCUCUUCGCUCCAUUGUACUUCAGUUGGGCGGCUUUUAGGCUUUUUGUUUGCCUCCAUCUCACCAUUGGGAUGUGCAUCGCCUUGUGUUAUCAUAGGAAUCUUUCUCACCGAAGUUUCGAUCUACCAAAAUGGCUCGAGUUUAUCUUCGCUUAUGGUGGCAUUCUUGCUUUUCAGGGAGACCCAAUAGAGUGGGUGAGCAACCAUCGGUACCAUCAUAAACAUUGUGAUACACAACGUGACCCACACAGCCCUACACAAGGGUUUUGGUUUGGUCACUUCACUUGGUUAUUUGAUUCCGGUUCUAUCCUCAAAAAGUGUGGUGGAGAGGAGAAUGUAAAUGACCUUGUGAGGGAGCCCUUCUAUCGGUUUCUUCAGCGAACCUUACCUUUGCAUCUGAUAGCUUAUGGCUUUCUCCUCUAUAUUUGUGGAGGGAUGCCCUACCUCGUCUGGGGAAUUGGUGUGGCAACUGUAGUUCGACUCCACGGGACUCUUCUGGUGAACUCAGUUUGCCAUACAUGGGGAACACGAGCUUGGAACACACCUGACGUCUCCAAAAACAAUUGGUGGGCAGCGAUUAUAACAAUUGGAGAGGGAUGGCAUAACAACCAUCAUGCGUUUGAGUUCUCGGCCAGGGUGGGACUCGAGUGGUGGCAGCUUGACGUUACUUGGUGUCUCAUUUGUUUUCUCGAGGCUAUUGGUUUGGCCACUAAUGUAAAGUCACCUACUGAAGCUCAAAAGAAGAUAAUGUCCUUGGUCUGAUUAUCCUUAAGUUCUUACAUAAAUUAUCUUCUUAACUUGUAAUAUUCUAUCAAACUUUGUAACCAUGAUGUACCGUCAAUUUAUUCAUCAUCAAUUAAAAUUAUAAAGUCAUAAAUCUUAA